GUUUGAUCCCGGCGUCUCCAGGCUCGCCCGAGAGUGCGUUCCUCAGAAAAUUAAAUGUCUUCAGAAGACCGAGAAGCUCAGGAGGAUGAAUUGCUGGCCCUGGCAAAUAUUUAUGAUGGAGAUGAAUUUAGAAAAGCAGAGUCUGUCCAAGGUGGAGAAAUCAGGAUCUAUUUGGAUCUGCCACAAAAUUUCAAGAUAUUUGUGAACGGCAAUUCAAAUGAGUGUCUCCAGAAUAGUGGCUUUGAAUACACCAUUUGCUUUCUGCCUCCACUUGUGCUGAACUUUGAACUGCCACCAGAUUAUCCAUCCACCUCCCCACCUUCAUUCACACUUAGUGGCAAAUGGCUGUCACCAACUCAGCUAUCUGCUCUGUGCAAGCGCUUAGACCACCUGUGGGAAGAGCACCAUGGCAGCGUGGUCCUUUUUGCCUGGAUGCAGUUUCUUAAGGAAGAGACUCUAGCACACCUGAAUAUUGUCUCUCCUUUUGAGCUCAAGAUGGGUUCUCAGAAAAAAGUACAGAGAAACACAGCUCAAGCCUCUACCACCACAGAGCUAGAUUUUGGAGGAGCUGCUGGAUCUGAUGUAGAUGAAGAGGAGAUUGUGGACGAGAGAGCUGUGCAGGAUGUGGAAUCGUUGUCAAGUCUGAUCCGGGAAAUCUUAGACUUUGAUCAAGCUCAGCAGAUCAAAUGCUUUAAUGGUAAAUCGUUCCUGUGCAAUAUCUGUUUCUGUGAGAAGCUGGGUAGUGAAUGCAUGUACUUCAUGGAGUGCAGGCACGUGUACUGCAAAGCCUGUCUGAAGGACUACUUUGAAAUCCAGAUCAGAGAUGGCCAGGUUCAAUGCCUCAACUGCCCGGAACCAAAGUGCCCUUCGGUGGCCACUCCUGGUCAGGUCAAAGAGCUAGUGGAAGAAGAGUUAUUUGCCCGUUAUGACCGCCUUCUCCUUCAGUCUACCUUGGACCGGAUGGCAGAUGUGGUGUACUGUCCCCGCCUGUGUUGCCAGCAGCCUGUGAUGCAAGAGCCUGGCUGCACCAUGGGCAUCUGCUCCAGCUGCAAUUUUGCCUUCUGUACCUUGUGCAGAUUGACCUACCACGGGGUCUCUCCAUGUAACUUGACUGCAGACUCUCAAGAUGAUGACCUGCAAGCACGUGUGGCCAAUAAACGAUUUUUGAGAUCGAGGUGUCGUAAGAGGGACAUUGUGAGGGAAGAGAAGAAAAGUAAGCAGUGGCUAAAAACGAACUCAAAGAGCUGCCCGUGCUGUGGGACUCCCACAGAGGUAAAUGUUUUGGUACAGACUUGGAGGCAAACAGAUUUGCAAUCAUGUUAUCAUUGCCUUAAGAAGCCUAUUGGUCCAUUUUAUGAAUUAUUAGUCCAUUAUUUAUGACCUGUACUAUGAAAACACAUUUAGUAUUUGUUUAGCCUUCUUACUUGGAAGAUGCACAUUUCGCUACUAAAUAUUGUUAUUGACGUUACAUGUAUUUACGCUUUCCUUUUCAAAGUGCUUUCAUACAGUGACAAUUGUUCUUCCAUUAUGUGCACCUCAAAAUUGAAUGAGUUAUGAGGAGGGCAUACUAUAGUUGUAAUAAACUCUUAACUCAUCUAUGUGAUAAAAAAAUAUCACAUCUGACUUCUCAGAACUAUUUGUCCUGAAAUGUAGCACACCUGAUGAAUACACUGAGUAUACACUCAGAAAAUGGAGACCUUUUUCCAUUUAGCUGAACCAAGUAAUUGGAAAAUCUAUUGUUUCUUGACAAAACUUUCACAUGUUUUGAAAUCAAAAUAUAUCUUUGCAUCUGAUUCUACUGUUGCCGUCUGUUAUAUCUGAACUGACCCAGUGGUAUUCCCCAAUUACUCCAUUAAGGAAACUGGCAUUGUGUUUAACCACUUCUGACAUGCCUUAGUGCUAUGUGUUUUAGUCCGUUUUGUGUUGCUAUAACAGAAUUAC